CUUCCUCGUCCAUGGGCAUCUUUGUCUCUUCAAUGAAGAUGAACAAACGGCUAAGAUUUUCCCAAUACUACCAAAACCCUCACAACGAACAAUCGAGCGUGACUGGUCUCCAGGAUCGCUGUGUCCAAUUCCCAAUGCAGAUAGCUUCGAUGUGUACAUGGACCCAGCAGAAAACCUGAUUGCCAUCGCGUGUAUCAUCUUCAACUGGCCUGAAGGCAAUCACAGGAUCUGUAUUGACCUUGGACUCCUGGAUGGAGAUGGAGCCCAUCCUCAAGCUGCCGGCCGCACACUGUUUCCGUCAGGUAGAUUUCAGGACGACAUCCUUCCGUCGGAUGAUUUGCAGGUCGACAUUUUUGGGAGGUAUAUCACUUUCCAGAGCUCCCGACGCUCGACUGUAUAUGGUGGUUUCAACGAGGAGAACGAGGAGCAAUGGUGUUUGCAGAUUUGGGACUGGCGACAGUCAACAACGUCCAGUUUCGUGAUCAGUGACACAAUCAUAAACCCAGAGGACGGGGAGUCAUUUGAUUAUUGUUUCCUCGGAAACAAUAGACUGCUGACUGUUGGCAAGGACUUGAAGCUCUAUUCAAUUGAGAAUCUGUCCCGGGCACCACAAUUGCUUGCGUGCUUCCUGAUGCCUGUAUCGGUGACGUCGAUAGAGUCCCUCAUUCCGAUGGACGACGACAUUAUGCCUGGCUCACGACUGCAGAUGCAAGCCCAGCGACCAAUGUGGACCUCGGACCCUAAAAAUCGAUUACUAUCCCUUGUUGCACGCAUUCAGAGUGCCACCUCAAAGUCAUUCACAUUUGUCAUUUCGACCAGGAUUUUCUUCGAUCUUCAAGUUAGCGUCUUUGAAGGAAUGGAAGUGAUCCCAUGGAAAUGUUGGGGUCCGCUAAAUGCUCGUAUUUUCCCGCACGACUUGCGAUGCAGAGUUGGUGUUUGCGGGAAUCGUGUUCUGCACACAUUUCCUGCAACGGGUGCUACAGCGGAUGACGAAGACCCCUCGGAUGACACGGAUUAUAAGUUAUAUAUGAUGGAUUUCAGCCCGUCUGCUGUUGCGCACCGGCAGGGUCUAGGAAGAGUGGUGACAGAGCCAUCUAUCAUAGAAACCACCGAGUCGGCAGAGACACUGACAUCGUCCCUGCCUUACGUCGUGGUCGUGUCCGACAGAACGUUUGAUCCUGAUCAGUUGAUGGACAUAUGGGUUGAUAAAGACAGAAUUUAUUUGCCCAAGCCGAAUACAGAGGAUCCUGAUAGCGUAGGCUAUUUGCGUCUUCGGUGAAGCCCGACAUACUGAUUUUCGUCCAGGAUAAAGCAUAGGCCAGCUUCAAAUCAUUGAUAUAUAGAGCGGGGUCUGUACAUCCUCGAGAGCUAGUUGCGAAGAGGCCCGCAGUGAUAUACAUCGCUGGGGUGCAUCAGAGUAAGAUAUUGCGAGCCAAUGGUACCCAGGUCAAUUGCAACGGGUAGUUUUCUGGGGUACAAUUCGAAAGAUGGCUGCGUGCCACUGCCAGUGGCUGUCUAAAUUUAGACGCGAUUAUUAAACAAUUGAGUGGCAACUUGUAGGCUCA